GUUAGAUUCAUCGGCGCAGAGACUGCUUCAGUGCAUCUCUGCUCUCCAACAACACGGCUUCUCACGGGCGACAGCUGCCUGACCAACAAAACCCAACAGGCGGCGAAAUCCCGAAUCCUUUGCGAAAGACAAUCACUAUCGGCUCUGUCCUUUUCAACCGCGCCCAUACGACACAGCGACAACCUUCGCCACACCCGCAUUAUCUGAUUCAACAAUCCUCCAUCUCUUCAACCACAGCCCACUCGGGUCCAUCUUCGGCAGUCAGAGAAGCCAUGGACGGCAGGAAACACCCAAGCUCUUUCCAGCAGCUUGAAAAGCUGGGAGAGGGCACUUAUGCUACUGUCUUCAAAGGCCGCAACCGACAGACAGGCGAGCUAGUAGCUCUCAAGGAGAUUCACCUUGAUUCGGAAGAGGGGACGCCUAGCACGGCAAUCCGCGAGAUCUCCCUUAUGAAAGAACUGAAGCACGAGAACAUUGUUGCUCUACACGAUGUCAUUCACACCGAGAACAAGCUUAUGUUGGUGUUCGAGUACAUGGAUGGCGAUCUCAAAAAGUUCAUGGACACCAACGGCGAGAGGGGAGCCCUGAAGCCUCAUGUCAUCAAGUCCUUCAUGCAUCAGUUGCUCAAGGGUAUCGACUUUUGCCAUAAGAACAGGGUCCUACAUCGAGACCUGAAGCCGCAGAACCUGCUCAUCAACAGCAAGGGCGCUCUGAAGUUGGGAGAUUUUGGUUUGGCGAGAGCAUUCGGUAUUCCAGUUAACACCUUUUCGAAUGAGGUCGUCACUCUUUGGUACCGAGCUCCCGAUGUGCUGCUUGGAAGCAGAACCUACAACACCAGCAUCGACAUUUGGUCCGCGGGAUGCAUCAUGGCUGAGAUGUUCACCGGCAGGCCCUUGUUUCCCGGCACCACUAAUGAGGAUCAGAUUGUUCGCAUUUUUAGGAUAAUGGGCACACCGACGGAACGCACAUGGCCUGGACUCACGUCAUUCCCCGAGUACAAGCCCAACUGGCAAAUGUACGCGACACAGAGCCUGUCGUCCAUCUUGCCUCAGAUCGACCGCGACGGCAUCGACUUGCUUCAACGGAUGCUACAACUGCGGCCCGAAUUGCGAAUCUCGGCCCACGAUGCGCUCCAGCACCACUGGUUCAACGACUUGGUUCACCAACAGCAUCACCAUCAAGCGCAGCAGUCCAUGAUGCAACAGCCACCGAUGAUGCAGCAACAGCCAAUGAUGCAGCAGCAUAGAGGCUAUGGACAACCGCAGCCCAACUACGAGGGCUACUAGACAGAGCAGCCUCGAGGAACUGGAAGGCAGACACCGCCGGUGCCAGGGUUUCCUCCACCAGUUUUGGAUCGACCGAUGCCAGUAGUGCCAGGGUUUUCUCCACCAGGAUUCCAGAAUCGCGGGCAACUGAUGCCAGUAAACGAGGGCUGCUACACCGAAGAGCAGAUUCUAGGAGGGCGGACAAUGCUGGCGCCAGGGCAACGCCAUUCAAUGUCUUCUCAACCGAUGCCAGGAUAUCCUCCCCCGGGGAGGUAUCCUCAACCGAUGCCAGGGUAUCCUCCACCAGGGAGGUAUCCUCAACCGAUGCCAGGACAUCCUCCACCAGGGAGAUAUCCUCAACCGAUGCCAGGGUAUCCUCCACCAGGGAGGUAUCCUCAACCGAUGCCAGGGUAUCCUUCAGGUCAACAGGUUCAAACUG